UUUAAUUAAAAAAAAAAAAAAAGAAAUAAAAUGGAUUCACCAAUUGUUCAAGCAGAGGGUGGUAGCGAUUGUCGCGUUACAGUACGUUUAUUAGAUUUAAUGCAAAAAACUCAUUAUGAUCUUGUUCAAGAAAAUGGACAACGUCGUUUAUCAGCACCAGAAUUAACAAAAGAAAUGCGUGAUAAUAUAAAAAGUGCUGAAAUAUUUCUUGGACGUUUACCACGUGAUUGUUAUGAGGAUGAAUUAAUGCCAGUACUUGAACGUAUUGGUAGAUUAAUGGAAUUACGUUUGAUGCUAGAUUUUUCUGGUUCAACUCGUGGCUAUGCAUUUGCGCUAUUUGAAGAUUCAAAAACAGCACGUCGUGCAUGUAAAAUACUUGAUGGCUAUGAAAUACGUCCUGGUCAUAAAAUUGGAGUUGUUAAAUCAAUUGAUAAUUGUCGUUUAUUUUUUGGUGGUGUACCAAAAGAUAAAACAAAAGAAGAUUUCAUGAAUGAACUUGGAAAAAUUCUUGAUGGAAUAUCAGAAAUUUAUUUGUAUCCAAAUGCACAAGAUCGUACACAAAAUCGUGGUUUUAUAUUUGUUGAAUUUAAAGAUCAUCGUUCAGCAGCAAUGGCUAGACGUAAAUUAAUACCUGGAAAAGUUAUACUUUGGGAUCAUGAAAUUGCUGUUGAUUGGGCUGAUCCAGAACCUGGUGAUCCAGUUGAUGAACAAGUCAUGGAAACUGUAUCAGCAUUAUUUGUAAGAAAUUUAACAUUAGAAAUGCCACAUCAAAAAGUACGUGAGAUAUUUCAAAAAUCAACUGGUGUGCCAAUUAUUAAGUUGAAAAAAAUUAAUCAUUUUGCAUUUAUACACUACGAGACACGUGAUCUUGCUGAACGAGUUUUUCAAAUAAUGACACGUCCAGGAAGUGUUGCUGAGUAUCAUCAGUGGGAAGUACGUUGGGCAAAACCAAUUGGUUCAUCAAAAAUGCUGGAAAGACAACGUUCAAUUGAAGAAGCUGUUGCUGCAACUCGUAGUCUUCAUUUACCACCACAUGAACAACAAAAAUUACUACAAGAACAACAACAAAAAGCAUCAUACACUGGUGGCAAUAAACGUGCAGCAAGAAAAAAAAAUAAAAAAGACACACCAGAUCUAGCUGUUGCUGAAAAACCAACUGGAUAUAAUCAUAUUCAUAAUAUAAACCAACACGAUGAUGGUUUACAAAAAUUAACAAACUCAAAUGGUCCAGAUGGUUUGAUGAUGCAUCAUGACAUGUCGUAUGAUUAUAAAAAAAUUCUUGAGACAUUUGUCAAUCAAAAUUUCCAGUCACAGUGUCGUUUUGUUAAUAGUAAAAUUUAUGAACCACCUGGUUAUGUUUGCAAGAUAAUAAUUCUACGUGAUGAACAUGUUAUUUUUGAAUUUCAAGGUGAUAUUUUUAUGACAAUUGAACUGGCUGUUAAUAUCACAUCAAGAAAUGUAUAUUAUCGUCUUUGUAAUAUACUUGCUGAUCCACAAUCACUUCAUUUUUCACCACAAUUGCCAGCACCAUUUACAUCAAAUCGAAUUGAAGCUUGUCAUUAAUUCAAAAAAAUGACAAUAACAUUUUAAAAUGCUCGUACUAUCAUUUAAAUUU